ACAGAAAAUUUAAACAAUUUACACACUUGUUUAUAGUUUUAAAAGCAGACACAUGUUAUAAAAAACCUUCUUAAAAUUUUAGGGGGCAAUAUGUUUCAAAACAUAAGUUUUACGUUUUUGUGCGCCUUGGCGUUUAUUUCGUGGUCGUUGUUAUGCUAUUUACACGCCAUAGAGGAGCUGCCAACUAAAUCAGAUUACAUCGUGGAACUGUAUACAGAGCGUCCCACCCUCGGAGAUGUGCCAAAUUAUUGUGCUAGCCAACCGGAACAAAAUAACAUUAUAGAUCGUUUAUUUGAUAUGCUCAAAACCUACGGACUUGUCCUUAUUACCACUGUGGCGCUGUCCAAACUGUUGCAGUGGUUAGAGUUGCAGGCACAAACUUGUAUGAAAAGGGAUGAAGAAAUACUUGCACUUCCUUUUAUCGCAAGCAUGCCGAUCGAACCCAGCGAAGAAAACGAUAACAAAGUGGAGACAGUCGAGACAGUGAACACCGUGGAGGAAGUUGAUGCCAUGGAAACCGUGGAGAACGUGGACGCAGUGGAGACCAUGGAGACCAUGGAAACCAUGGAGACCAUGGAGACCGUGGAGACCGUGGAGACCAUGAAGACUAUGGAGACAAUGGAGACCGUGGAGACCAUGGAGACCAUGGAAACUAUGGAGACCGUGAUGGCAUUGGAGACUAUGGAGACAGUGGAGUCCGUGGAGAGAGUAGAGGACGUGGAGACCGUGGAGGAAGCUAAGAUAGUGGAGAAAGUGAAGAAAGUGAAGAAAGUGUGCGAACCAGAAAUUUCGCCUAAAAUUCUACAGGAAAAUGUCGAGCUGAGAGAGCAGUUGAAUGAUUUGCAGGCGCGUUGUCGUGAGCUGCUUCAGGAACUGCGCGCUGUCAACAGCAACAGCAUAAGUAGUUGCACUGAGCUACGCUGCAAUCCAUCCAACGGCAGUUUCAGCGGUUCUGAUACGGAUAGUUUUCAUAAUACUGACGAAUCUUCGGGCGUGGUAAUGUGGAAGCAGCCCGCUUCCAUGAAAUCUAGUGGACUUUCCGUGGUGCAGUGUCCCGAGUCUUCGUCUUCAACAUCGCAGAACGUGUAUGUCACCCACAGCCACUAUCACAUUAAUUUUAAUGGACCGGUGCACCUAACAAAGCAAAACAUAAAUAUUGGCAUUUCACGGCCAAAGAAAUUACGCAGACGAAGUGAAUUUUUGCAAGUGUGGGGCACAUUCAUAAAAGGUCCUAAUGAGCGGCCCAUGUUAACGGGUAUAAAUAAUAUCUUGAUGUGAAAGGCGCACAAAUCUGUAUAUAUAUAUAUAUAUUUAUUACAUUUAUUUGAUUUCAAAAAACA